GUCAAUGUCAAUUUAAAAAAUUAAAAACACGUGUGGUGAAGGUUGCGCGGUCUUGUUUUUAUUUAAUUUCUUAAGACAAUUACCUGUUUUACAAGAAUGGGACGUAAAGCCAAAUUCGAUGAAACUAAAAAUAUAAAAAAGGGUCCUGGUAGAAAAGCUAGGAAACAAGGAGAUCCUGUUUUUCGCAAAGAACUGUUAGAAGAUGAAGAUGAACCAAAAAAGCUAAGCCAUAGACAAAAGCAACGGGCAGCCAGAAGGGUGAAGAAGAAGACAGAAAUAGCUGAGAAGAGGAAAGCCCUUAAACAGGCGAAGAAAAAUGUGACCAAAUCAACUGAGACACAGUUGGAAGAGCACUCUGAUUCUGACGAUUCAAACAAUGAAAAUGUUCAAGGAUUUACUGACGAUAACAAGGAAUGGCUGAAGCCUAAACAAGUGAAAAGUAAACAGAGUAAGGAACCAGAAGAAGAAGAGAGUGACAGUGGACAUGAUGAUGGUUCAGAUGAAUCUGACAAUGGCAGUGACGAAGGAAUUGAAGAGACAAAGCCAAGCGAGAAAUAUAAGGUUGGAACAUUGGAUGAUCUUUUUCAAGAUUCUGAUAAUGACAAUGAUGCAGCAUCAGAAGAUGAAGGAACAGAAACUUCUGGAAAACUAGAGUACAACUCUGACUCAGAUGAAGAAACACAGAGUGCUGAUGAUGAUGAAAAUGAUGACAUGCUUCCCAUUGAGAAAGCUAAUAUAAAACUAAAAAAGAAACAGAAACUGGAAAAGAAAUUGGCAGAUGAAGAAAUGCAAUUGAAUAUAUCCAAACAGGAUGUAUUUGCAUUUCCUACAGAAGAAGAGUUAGAAAAUCCAACUAGCUUGCAGGAUGUACAUCAGAGAAUCAAAGAUGUAGUUUCAGUGCUAACAGAUUUCAAUCGCUUGAAACAGGAGGGCCGGUCACGGUGUGAAUAUACAGACUUAUUGCUCAAAGAUCUUUGCACAUAUUACAGUUACAAUGAGUUCUUGAUGGAGGUCCUGAUGCAAAUAUUUCCUGUGCAAGAAUUGGUUGAGUUUCUGGAGUCCAGUGAAAUUGCUAGACCAGUUACUAUCAGAACAAACAGCCUAAAAACCAGAAGGAGAGAUCUAGCUCAAGCCUUGAUCAAUAGAGGUGUCAAUCUUGAUCCAGUGGGUAAAUGGAGUAAAGUGGGACUUGUAGUGUACAGUUCUACAGUACCUAUUGGUGCCACACCUGAAUAUUUGGCAGGACAUUACAUUCUACAAGGUGCAUCAAGUUACUUACCUGUAAUGGCGCUGGCUCCACAGGAAAAUGAAAGAAUACUUGAUAUGUGUGCCGCACCAGGAGGCAAAGCAUCACAUAUUGCUGCUAUUAUGAAAAAUACUGGUGCAUUGUUUGCUAACGAUGCAAAUAAAGAGCGUACUAAGGCUGUUGUUGGUAAUUUUCACAGACUGGGAGUAGUUAAUGCUGUAAUCUGUAAUUAUGAUGGUCGUGAGUUCCCGAAUGUUAUCAAGGGUUUUGAUAGAGUGCUGUUGGAUGCUCCUUGUACAGGUACUGGUGUUAUUGCUAAAGAUCCCAGCGUAAAGACAACUAAAGACCAGAAAGAUAUUCAGAGGUGUUUCAAUCUUCAGCGACAACUGUUGCUUGCUGCUAUAGAUUGUUGUAAUGCUAAGUCAAGCACUGGAGGGUAUAUUGUGUACUCCACUUGUUCUAUAUUGCCUGAAGAAAAUGAGUGGGUGGUGAACUAUGCCUUGAAGCGCAGAAAUGUUAAAUUGGUUCCAACUGGCCUCGAUUUCGGAACUGAGGGAUUUGUAAAAUACAGACAUCAUAGGUUCCAUCCAUCAUUGAAACUAACCAGACGAUUUUAUCCCCAUACUCAUAAUAUGGAUGGGUUCUUUGUGGCGAAGCUCAAGAAAUUCUCUAAUGUCAUACCUGAAGUUAAAGAUGAAGACGAUGAAGAAGAAAGUAAGAUACUCCCAGAGGCUGAACAGAAUGGUGACGCUGACUCAGCAGAUGAGCAAACAUCAAAAGCAGCUGAAAAGAAAAAUACUGCUGUAAAGAGAUUGGCAGAGACUAAUGACACUGGUCCACAGAAAAAGAAAAACAAGCCAGAACAUACGUCUCAAGAUGUUCAAUCGCCGUUGCAAAACCAAGGUAAAAAGAAAAAACAAAAGAAAAAUAACAAAGUGGAAGCAAACAGCAAUACGGACGCAGCAAAUCCAAGUAAUAAUCAAAAGGACAGUCCAGUGAAACAAGGAAAGAAGAACAAAAAUAAACAGAAAAACAGAAGUACCAACGAAGGGGCAACACACGACAAUACAAAAUCAAUAGGUAAUAGUGUAAAACCGGCUUCCAAUACAAGCCCCAGUCCAAGCAAGAAUAAGAAAAAUAAAAACAAAAAUAAAUCCAUAGGGGAAGGAACCCCAAAUACACACACAAACACUGCUAGUCUAAUUCAAACGAAACAGAAUCAAAUUCCAGAAACUUUAGAAGCAGUAGCUGCGAAAAAGUUGAAGAAUAAAAUGAAGAAGCAAAAAAAGAAAAUAGGAAAUCUUAAAGAAAAGGGCGCAUUGAAACCUCAAAAGAAACCUAUUCAGGGUAAGAAAUUUAAAAAAUGAUUUUAAUUGAUUUUUUAUGUUAUUGUUAUGUAAGAUGAAAAAUAAAAUAAUAUUUUUUUUGAA